UCAACCAAAUAUCAGCAAUGUAAAUGUAUACAAAGACAUUCUUGCUGAUGUAAAAAGAGAGCAUGACGAAUGCAUUACAGCAAUAAAGAACGGACAAAAAGAAACUUCUUAUCUACAAAAUAAAAUAAAAACCUUGUCAAACAUUUCAACCACAAUUGCUGGGUAUUCUAGAAGAAAAAGGGAUUUGGAAGAAAAGCUUGAAAUACUUCAAGAAGAUAACAAACGUCUUGAAGACGAAUUGGAAGAUUUACUGAAAUCCGACGAAGAAGAUGAAGUUGAGGAAGAACCGCGGUUGGUUGAAAGUCCACAAGAAAAGGAAGAUCGCCGACCAAUCCCAGGAAUAUCUGUGGAAGAUUGGACCAAUGAAAAGUUGUUGCAGGAGUUGGUUAUAAAACUUGACACAGCAAUUGAGGAUGUGUUUAAUAAACAAAAAUGUUUGUAUGUUCCAAUCAGUAGGAAGUAUGAGGUAGACACAUUACUGCAAGACAGAAUAGAAGCAAGAGACGAAUUACUCGCUGAAGGAAAAUUACUUCGACGAGGCAAUGCUGUGUAUAAGAUAGCACUUGAUGCUGUUAAUGAUUUCAAUUCAUCUGAUGAAAUUAUAGAUGAAGAUUUAGGUGAAUACCUGAUUAGAGUUUUACAAAAUGAAAAUUAUCUUGAGCGAAGAUCAUCAUCGGUUACAAGUUUAACAGGACAGUCCAUACAUGAAGAUGAUGAUCCAACAAAAGAGAAAGAAGCGGAAACUAUCCUCGAAUACAUCGAUAAAUUUAAUGAGUUGUUCGCAGAUGGUUUGUUCAAUCAAGCAGCUGUACAUGCAGCUAACAGCCCACGGGGUGUGCUAAGGUCUAUUGAGACAAUGGAUAGGUUUAAAGAAGUGUCCAACAACUACCAAGGCACACCCACCCCACUACUAAUGUAUGCAGAAGCAUUGAUGCAUGCGUCCAAUGCACAAGAUCAUGUGGCUGAUGCUGAGAUGUCAACUGUGCUUUCAAGAUGUGCACUGAAUGAACACCGACCAGACUUAGUUGAACACUGGACGAUUAAAAGAUGUAUCACACCUUGUGCUGAGGUAGCACACGAGUUGGUUGCAUACAGUGAAACGAACCCCCAGCAUCAAGCACUUUGUCUCUUUACUGCUCAAAGUAUUUUCACUGAAGUUAAAUCUCAUAUGGACGCCUGUGUUACAAUGUAUAAGCUUGGUCAUCUCGGGGGUUUGGUGGAUUAUGCAAAGAAUGUUGCACAGUUUACUCGAAUGGAAUUCCUUAACUUGAUCCAGCGAUGUCCCAACAGCUCCCUCAUGUGGAGCUUGUGUCGUCCACCAGCGGAACUAACUCCAGAUCCUCAGGAACAAAGGGACCCAAAUCUUCCUAUUUAUCAACUCUAUGCUCUUCCAUUGAGAGUUGAUCAAGCAAUUGUGUCUCUCAUCUCAUCUAGCGAGGUUGGGAAGUCGGUAGCAGUGGAUGUAAUUGAUGAUCUUUAUCAAGGAGUCAUUGUAUCUGAGGAUGUAGUUACCACGGAAACGUUAUUCGAGGUCGUCUAUGAUGAAACAGAUGGUGAUCUUCCGCCAAAUGAUACAGAUGACUGGUCAUGCGUGAUCAAAUUCUGCUCAUCCAAUCAGCUUAUAGACGCAGCUUUAGAAAUUCAAGCUUCAAGAAUUGUUAAAGUUGCCGUCACAAAAUCUCUUCAGGCGAUCGCAUUGGAUGAAAAAGAGGAAUUUGACUAUUAUACUUAAACUGUUGAAGUAUACAAGCAAAGAGUUAACCUAUUUACCCUCUUCCAGUAACAGCACGAUUUUCACUUUUUUAAAAGAAUUCCUAAUACCAAACUUUAUUUGUAUUUGUACUGUUUUCAGCAGUCAGUUUGCUGACACUUGAAGGUUUGGAAAUAUAAUAAAAACUCCCAAAAUGCUGCCAGUUUAA